AUGGAUUGUAAGAAGUGCUAUGAGGUUGGGACAGCCAUCUUGGUUAAAGAGAGGCAGAGGAGCACAGAACAAAGACCAGAGUAUGAAAUUAUUCCAGAAAGUGUGAAAAAAAAUUCGUCGGCUAUUACCGCCGAAUUGAAAAGCAGCAUCAAUACAUUGAGGUUGAUUAUAGUUUCGUUGGCUGAUUCAACCAUCCGGGUUGUUAUUGAUGAAGCUGAAGGAAGUUUGAGGCCACGAUAUCAACCAUUAGAUGUAUUGCAGAAUGGUACAAAUCUCAAGACGGAAGACUUUAAGUAUUUUAAAAAGGAAGCGUCUAUGGUAACAUUUGUUCUGGAAAAUGGUGCUCAGGUGAUGGUUGCUUUCAAACCUUUCCAAAUACUCGUUUACAUAAAUGGAGAAGUUGUCGUUGGGUUGAACUCUCAUCAUUUACUAAAGUUCGAACACUAUAGGAAGAAGGUUCCAGGCAAAGAGAAGGAUGAUGGUGAAGGCUUUUGGGAAGAAACGUUCAAAACACAUACGGAUUCGAAGCCUCACGGCUCUAGUUCGGUGGGGAUGGAUAUUUCCUUUGUCGGAUUUAAAUAUGUAUAUGGUCUACCGGAACAUGGCGAUAGCUUCGUAUUAAGAAGUACAUCAGCUAUGGAUCCGUAUAGACUUUUCAAUUUGGACGUGUUUGAAUACGAGCUAAAUUCACAGAUGUCGCUUUAUGGAGCAGUGCCUUUUAUAAUGGCACAUAGCAAAGACCGUUCUGUCGCUGCACUCUGGCUAAAUGCUGCCGAAACUUGGGUCGAUAUCAAUUCCCCUCUAGAUUCAAAAGGUAUUUUUGGGUCACUGGCAGACAAGUUAAAAAUCACUAGUGAUGCUCCGGAAGUCAGUACACAUUUCAUUUCUGAAACGGGAUUAAUUGAUGUAUUUAUAAUGUUAGGUCCAAAACCCGCUGAUAUCUUCAGGCAGAAUGGUGCUCUUACUGGCUUCUAUCCAUUGCCUCCGCUGUUUUCGUUGGCCUAUCACCAGUCUAGGUGGAAUUACAAUGAUCAAGACGACGUUGCUGCUGUACAUGCUAACUUCGACAAAUACGACAUCCCUGUUGAUGUUAUUUGGCUUGAUAUUGAACAUACCGAUGGGAAACGUUACUUUACCUGGGAUCAGGCCAAAUUUUCUACCCCGCUUGAAAUGAUUGAUGCUCUUGUCACGAAAGUAAAUUCAUUCAUUUCAGAUUCCUGUGUCUUUAGUUAAUU